AUGCUGAUUAUUGCAGUUGCGGACGUCGCGAGUGCAACAUCUCAGUCCACGUUUGGACUAUUUGUCGCGCUUCAUCAACCCCUGGGCAUUGCCCCCGUGGCGCUCCGCAGGCGGGUCAGAUCCCAACUCAUUCGGCGAUGGGUGCUGCUUCAAGAGGAACUUGAGGCGAGCACAGCACUGAGGAGCGGGUUGGUCGAGGUCAUUACCUCGAGAGGAAUUGGAGAAAUAUUGGUGGACAAAGGCUCUUGCUCUUGGAGGCAGACAGCUGAGUACAUUUACAAUUUUCAAAAAGAAGGGAUACAUGCCAUGAUUCUGCAUACUGAUACCAGGACGCAGAGAGCACGCUUGGGUCCUCACACUGAGGCGAUUUUACCGAAGAAGAGCUCCGAGCUCCCCUACUUGGUAUUUUGCAGAGAUACAGCUCGCAUGUGUUCAAUUGGAUGCUCGAUACUGACUGGAGGACGUGCGGGACUCAAGCUCAUGGGGAACUAUCGUCGAAAUGUCUCCGGGGAAAGUGCAGAUCUACUCGACAGGGGCGUCGUGUCUGCGUUUCACGAUCUUUCUUCUAGUCCAUAUUCGCAUGCGCUCACUCUCGCUCACACGAAGCCUUUGUAUGAUCAACGUCCUAUCCUUAAUUGUGCUGAAACUCGAUCCAUCUGCAGGGUCCCAUUUUGGGGUAAGCGAGCGACUUGGUUAUACACAACGGCAGCCUUCGGUUGGCUCUUUACUGGGCAAUUCACCUCAGUCCUAAUGACACGCCUGCGAUCCAAAGAGACCUCUCUCACUAGCACAGUCCAGGAGUCCGUCGAAAUGUGGAUGCUUGCACUUAAUACCCUCUUUCGCAUUUGUAAAUUCAACAUUCGAGCCAUCGAUGCAAUUCUUUGCUCCAUGCAGCCUGGGCUCUGA